AACCAUCAGCUAGCAAGAAAUCCUUCUGGUUUCAGAGCAUAACAGCCAAGGAUGGAUGCCGGUAAGUACAGGGCUCCACUCCUGACUCAAACACGAAAGAGGAUGAUGACCAAAGACGGCCACAGCACACUGCACAUGGACAAAGCCAGAGGAGCUUGCCUUGCCCGGCUACGCGAUCUGUGGGGAUGCCUGAUAGACAUGCAGUGGCGAUGGAUGUUGUUCAUCUUUUCUACAUCUUUUCUGCUUCACUGGCUCCUCUUUGCAACCUUAUGGUAUGUGCUAGCUGACAUGAAUGGCGAUCUUGACUUCAACCAUGACAAACCACCUGAAAACCAUACUAUCUGUGUAAAAUAUCUCACCAGCUUCUCAGCUGCAUUCUGCUUCGCAGUGGAGACACAGCUCACGAUUGGCUACGGUACCAUGUACCCCAAUGGCGAUUGUGCACGGGCAGUUUUCUUACUAACCGCCCAGAUGCUCCUGGGAAUCAUGAUGGAGGCCUUUAUCACAGGUGUCUUUGUGGCAAAGAUUGCCUGUCCAAAGAACAGAAUUUUCUGGAUCCGCUUUACUAACUUGGCAGUAGUAGCCCAUGUAGAUGGAAAACCAAAUCUGAUCUUCAGAGUGGCCAACACUCAACAUACCCCACUCACCAGCAUCCGGGUCUCUGCUAUUCUCUACCAGGAACAAGAAAAUAACCAAAUCUACCAGACCAGUGUGGACUUCCACCUUGACGGUAUCAACUCCAAGGAGUGUCCAAUCUUUAUCUUUCCACUGACCUACUAUCACUCCAUUACACCCUCAAGCCCUCUAGCUGCUCUCCUGCAGCAGGAAAAUCCUGGACACUUUGAAUUAGUUGUUUUCCUCUCAGCUAUUCACGAGGGCACAGGAGAAGUGUGCCAAAAGAGGACAUCCUACUUACCAUCAGAGAUCAUAAUGCAUCACAGUUUUGCCUCUCUGAUGACUUUCGGUUCCAAAGGUGAAUAUGUUGUCAAAAUGGAGAGUUUUGACAACACUGUCCCUGAACUUCAAACUGCUAUAGUCCCUAAGAACCCAAACAGUACUGAUAUGGGGAUCAAUAUUAAUGGACAACACAUUGAUAACAUUCAGAUCUCUGAGAUUGGGCUAGCAGAAUAG